GCAUAUGUGUUACAUUAAUUUCAUUUUCCAUCAAUGUGCCAUUGAUAAUCAAAAUCAUGGCAACUAUUUCAAGUCGUAAAGAAUCUACCAAUCAGAUAUAUUCAAAUCCAAAUUCCGGUGAAAUAAAACAACAACAUAAACAUGAACAACAUGAAUAUUGUUUUCAUCGACACCGGAGACGGAAACAAAUCAUCAAUGUACAGAAAUCAUCUACAACAUCAUUAUCAUUAGAUUAUUAUCAAUUGAAAAUAAAUUGCAAUCAUUUUAAAAGAUUAAUGGAUAAGAAUGAUGAUUAUGAAAAAUAUUCAAAAUUUAGUCAUCAUUCGAAUCCAUUAUUGUACAACGGUGAAUCAACUAGGCAACUAUUUUUAUUUUUGAUUCUUUUUCUGUUAACAUUUUAUUCAACGAUUGUUAUGACUGCAGCUAAUUUCGUUCCACCAGUAGAAGAUUUACGAAUACAAGUAUUAAGCGGUAAACAAGUGGAAUUAGAAUGGAAAACACCCGAUGUAAUGAUCGAUUCUGUUUUAUCAAAUAUUGAUGGCUAUAAAGUGACCGUAGUACCAAAAGAACCGAUGGCCGAACAUGAUUUUCGUCCAUAUCAAUUGGAUGUAUCCAUUAAUGAUCGUUUACCAUUAUCUAUACGAAAUCUUACUGCCGGUGGUACUUAUGAAAUUUUCGUAUCAGUCAUAUCAAAUGGACGACAAUCACGUAAUGAAUCAGUUACGUUCACAACUAAACCAAAUACUCCUGGUCGUUUUAUUGUUUGGUUCCGUAAUGAAACUACUUUAUUAGUUUUGUGGCAACCUCCCUAUCCAUCUGGUAUAUUUGAUCAAUACAAAGUAUCGAUCUUUCCACAAGAUGCUCAUCAAUCGAUAUUGUUCGUGAAGAAAGAAUCUGAUCCACCGGGUCCUGUACAAACAUCUUUUGAUGGACUGAUACCAGGACGAAUCUACAAUAUAACCGUACAAACUGUUAGUAGAAAUCAGAUAUCUGAUCCAACCGAAGCUCAAUAUCGUACAGUUCCAUUGUCACCAUCGAAUCUUUCAUUCAAUCGAGCUACUGUUACGUCAACUUCUUUUGAUGUUAUUUGGGAUCCACCAAUUGGUGAAUGUGAAUUUGAUCGUUAUCAAAUAUCGAUUGGUCUGAAGAAUGUAUCACCUAAAAUGGUAUUCAAAGAUGAUCUACGAAUCGUUCGUUUUUCUGAUGAAGGAUUACAGCCAGGUGAAACCUAUGAAGUGACCGUUAAAACCGUUUCUGGUAAUGUCAUUUCUUCGGCUAUUGCAACCAACAUAACCACUCGUCCAUUACCAGUGUUGGAUUUAAAAUCUGAUCCAGAUAAAUAUUCUGGAAUUCAUCUUUCUUGGCGCCCCGAUAAUCAUUCUCGUCAAGAUUCAUUCAUAAUUACCUAUCAUGAAUUGGAUGCAUUUAAUUCCGAUGCAGCUAUCGAAGUGACGAAAGACACUUAUGUACAUUUAUCCAAUUUAUUAGCUGGUCGAAAUUAUUCGAUUUCUGUGGCUGCUAUAUCGAAUAAUGUUUAUUCAGAUUAUGUGGUAAUAUCACAACCAACUAAACCAGCAUCACCAGUAAUUGGUGUACUUGAACCAAUAUCAGGUCGUACAUUGAAUAUUAGUUGGAAAUGGGAUGUAACUAGUAAACAAGAUUCAUAUAAAAUAAUUUGGAUACGAAACGAUACGAAAGAGAAAAAAGAACGUAUCAUACGUUCGAAUUGGGCUGUACUUGAAGAUCUUUAUCCGGGUGCUAUUUACGAAAUAUCUGUCUAUGCCAUUAGCCAUGGAUUGAUCAGUGAUCCACAUUCAUAUUUUCAGACGAUAUUUCCUCGACCACCAGAAGCACUACAUGUAGCACAGCAUACGAAUUCUUCAUUAAUGUUAUCAUGGUCAGCUCCGAUCGAUUCAUUAGUCGAUCAUUAUAUCGCAAGAUAUCGUCCAACCAGGCAAACUGUUUGGCGUGAUUUAGGCAUUGUGAAUACAACAUCGAUGGAGAUUAAAAAUCUUGUUGCCGGUGAAAUGUACACUGUACGUGUAUCAUCCGUAUCGAAUCGUGCUGAAAGUCCAGACAUACGUGAAUUGGAACAAACAAUGUUUCCUAAUUCAAUAGCAAGUAUAAAAACAUUAAUCGAUUCACAUAAUAUCACAUUUCAAUGGCUAGCACCAGAAGGUGUUAUUGAUUAUUUCAAUGUGAUUUAUAAUCCCGUAAAUCAACCUAAAUUACAAGAAUCCAGACGUAUUAAUUAUUAUAAUGGUACAAGACCAGGUGAUUUGAUCACCGUUUUCAUUCAGGAUCUAAAACCUGGUGAAGAAUAUUCAUUUCGUUUUUAUGUAAUAAGUUUUAAACUUCGUUCCGAAGGAAUCGGUGUCCAAGUACGAACAAUUCCUGUUAUCGAUUCAGUUAUCAAUGUAAUUGUUGGUGAACAUGAAACAAAAACUUUGGGCAUUAAAUAUACGCCUACACCGUUAAGAAACGUUGUGUUUGAUCGUUAUCGUUUUCAACUUUCGGGCACCACAAUACCAUCGCAAGAAAAACAAUGGAAUGAUACAAAUCGUUUUGUUUUGUUCGAUAAUCUAAUCCCAGGGCGUUUAUAUAAUCUUUCCAUAUGGACUAUAAGUGGUCAAACAUUAUCUGUGCCUAUUCAACGUCAAGCACGUCUUUAUCCAGAACCAAUAAGAAAUAUAAAUGGAUUAUCAAUCACUGAUUCAGAGAUUACGUUAAGUUGGGAUGUACCUUAUGGUGAUAAAGAUGGUUAUGAAGUACAAUAUUUUGAUCCACAUGAAAAAACACUUGUCGUGAAUGUUACAUUAAUCGAAAAGAUUGAAUAUCGUAAUCUAAAGCCACAUAAUAAUUAUACAUUCAUCGUGACGACAUUAUCCGGUUAUGGUACAUCGACAAUGUUACGAUCGACACCAAUAUCACAGACAUUUCUAACACUUGAAUCAGUACCAGGCAAAGUAUCGUAUUUUCAAUCCGUGGAUGUAAAACCAAAUGAAAUAACAUUACAAUGGUCAUUACCACAAUCUGAAAUGAAUGGUAUUCUUACUGGCUAUAAAAUUGUCUAUUGGAUCAAAUCAACUGGUACAAUAAUUACUAAACAUCAAUUAUUUGAACCAUAUGAAACACAAGGUACUAUUUAUAAUCUAUUACCGGGUAAAACAUAUGUAUUUCAAAUACAAGCUCAUACUAAAGUUGGACCCGGUCAUAAAGCCGUAUGGGAAGAAACAAUGCCAAUAUGGUCGGCACCAGCACCAGCCGAUACUGUAUUUCCUACUGAAGUUGGCCACAGUACUAGAACGAUACGAAUUCGAUUUCGUAAAAAUUAUUUCUCCAAUAUGUACGGUUCAAUUCAAUCGUAUGCAAUCAUUGUAGCUGAAGAUGAUACAGUCAAUUCAAAUGUUUUAGAUAUAUCAUCAUGGUUCGAUAUACAAGAUUAUAGUGUAUGGCCACCAUAUCAAACAAAUGAUCCAUUUUAUCCAUUUAAUAAUUCACAAAUUGAAGAUUAUGUUAUUGGUGCUGAACAAUGUGAUAUUAAACAACAUUUACGACAUUCGACAUCGAUUCGAGGUGGUUCCCCAAAAUAUUGUAAUGGACCAUUAAAACCGGGUUCUACAUAUAAAAUCAAAAUACGAGCAUUUACAACGGCCGAAAAAUUCACCGAUACCGUUUAUUCAUAUGCAAUGUCUACAGAUCCAGAUCAUACGGCACUUUAUCUAUCCAUAUUAGCUCCAUUUAUAUUUCUUACCUUGUUGAUUCUUCUGGUUGUCUAUUUACGCCGAAAUCGAUUAGGUCCAUUCAAAGAUGGUGGAAAAUUCAUUCAUCAACAUCCACAUCAUCAUAUGUCAACGAUUGGACCGAAUGGAAUGCCAAUCAUGUUGAAAGAUGGCACUGGACUUGGUGGUGUCAAUGUAUUGGGUAAUGCAGCGGGUAGUGCUGUAGGCGAUAAUUUAUCGAUUGUAGAAGGUGAAAUGAUCACUAAUAGACCGAUAAAAUUCAAAGAUUUCGCAGAUCAUUUCAGAUUGAUGUCGGCUGAUUCAGAUUUUCGUUUUAGUGAAGAAUUUGAACUAUUGAAACAUGUUGGACGUGAUAGGCCGUGUAAUGCGGCUGAUUUACCGGUUAAUCGGCCGAAAAAUCGUUUCACUAACAUUUUACCAUAUGAUCAUUCACGGGUUAAAUUAUUACCCACCGAUGAUGAAGAAGGAUCAGAUUAUAUUAAUUCCAACUAUAUACCGGGAUUUAAUUCACCAAGAGAAUUUAUUGUCACACAAGGUCCAUUACAUUCAACACGUGAUGAUUUCUGGCGUAUGGUUUGGGAACAGAAUUCUCGUGCAAUUGUUAUGCUUACAAGAUGUAUUGAAAAAGGUAGAGAAAAAUGUGAUCGUUAUUGGCCAUACGAUACACAGCCAGUAUUCUAUGGCAAUAUACAGGUGACCAUUUUGAAUGAAACACAAUAUCAAGAUUGGACAAUUUCGGAAUUCAAAGUGAUGAGGGGUGAUCAAUAUCGUAUUGUUCGACAUUUUCAUUUCACAACAUGGCCAGAUUUCGGUGUACCAGAACCACCGAAUACAUUAGUAAAAUUUGUUCGAUCAUUUCGUGAAAGAAUCACUGCCGAUAAUAAUAAACCAAUUAUUGUACAUUGUUCGGCUGGUGUCGGCCGAUCUGGUACAUUCAUUGCAUUGGAUCGUAUUCUACAACAUGUUAAAAAAUAUGAUACGGUCGAUAUAUUUGGUAUUGUUCAUGAAAUGCGUAAAGAACGUGUCUGGAUGGUUCAAAAUGAGCAACAAUAUAUUUGUAUUCACGAAUGUUUGAUGAGUGUCCUGGAAGGUAAAGAAGAAUUAAUCGAAAUGCACGAAAAUCCUGGUUAUGAAGAUGACGAAGCAAUGGCUGAAUCUGGAAUUUAAUAAUAAAAUUUCUAACUAUCCAAUGAAGUGAUAAAAAUUAUCGAACCAGAAAAAAAGUGUGAAAUGAAUUAGCUUAAUGAACUAUGUGUGUGUGUGCUAAUACGAUAAUUAUGGAAAAAUUGGCAGCAAGAAAAAAGUCAUUUUGUGAUAUAAUGAUGAUGAUGAUGAUAGACCAGAUGAUCAGACCGAGAAACCAAGAUUUAUAAACUUGGUUUAUUAACUUAGUUUUUUUUUGUUGUUGUUGUUCAUGUUUACAACUAUUUUGCAUAAUUUGUUCUUCACAACAUUUGUUAUCUGAUUUCUUUUCGACAAAAAAAAAACAUUUUUUUUUUUGUUCACCGUUAUUCUUAAGCAGCUCACAUUCUCAUCAUGAUGACUCUGAUGGCUAAUGUACACACACUCACACACACACCUAGAUGAAACCAUUGAUUUGUGUAAACAUGAAUGAAAAAAUAAUUCCCAUACGACGAUGAUACUCAUGGAAAAACAACAUCAUUAUCAUCAUAAUAUAUAUAAAAUUCAAACUGAUUGAUUCAAUGAUAUUUUGU